GGUCAGAAGCGUGUCGCCGAUGGCGACAAAGAUGGCAACGCUACACUCGUUUCUUCUCUCCAGAAGAACCUCGGUGCCGCUGCGUCCGCCGCCGCCGCCGCCAGGAAGGAGGCCAAGGAGGCCAAGAAGAAGGAGAAGGAGAAGAAGAAGGAUGAGAAGAUUGCGGCCCUCGAGGCCAAAGUUGAACAGUUGUACGAGUUUUUGCUCUCUCCGGGUGGAGAGGACGAGGAGAAGGAAGAGGGGAAGGAGGCCGAGAAGCAGGUUGAUGAUGCUCCCAUGCAGGAGUGA